UGCUGUCCUGACUCCUGGACUGCUGUUACAGCGCAAAAUUAAGUAAGAGAAUGCAGUACUUUGGGCAUAAUCUCGUGUAAUACUCCCGUGUAAAUUCUCCCUGGAUUACAAUUUCAUUGUGAACAAAUGGAUUUGAACCGUCAUUGCCGCGUCUCAGAUGCCAGAUGAUGUUCGACAAGGAGCGCAGAGCUUCAGGAGCAUCCCCCGAGCCCCAGAGGACACUUCCAGGCUCAGUCACCUGUUCCUGAAGAUUGUCGUGAUAAUCAAGAACCCAAACCAUAAACUGCAUUCAAACAUCUCAGUGCAAAAAAUGUACUUCAAUAUGCUCCACAAUAGCAAAAGUUCUCCAAACUCAAGAGAGCAAACACCGAAAGUACUCAGAAAAAUAGUACUGGAGCAGAAAGGGUCACAAGAGAAGAAGACAAAUAAAAUAGCAUGUCUAGAAAGAAGACUACAAGAAGAUGAGACAGAACCAGAAAUAAUCCUGGAACAGGGAGAUGAGUUAGGAUGCGGGGAUGAGCUAGCACAUGGAGUUGAUUUAGAUUUAGCGGAGGGUUGUAGUCGGAGGAUGGAUGAUGAAGUUUCAAUUGACCUUCAUUCUGACUUAUAUAGUAAGAGAGGAGUAGAUUAUAAUACUGUAGCAGAGGAGAUACAAGUAGAGGACAUAGGAAAGGUAGCAUGGGGGCUGACUAAAAAUGGUAAAAAUAUAAGUUCUCGUGAUGUUCAGCUGGCAUCUAACGCAGUUUGUGGAAGCUUAGCACAUGCAGACCGAAUACUUUUUGAGAAAAUUUGCACCGGUAAAACUUUAAUUGAAACAUUUUACCCAAGUGGUAUAGUUGCAGACAGGAUGUUUUCAAGUGAAGAGGACAUUGAUGGGAUGUUCCCAGAUAUUUCUGACGCAGGCGAGGCGUUAGCAGACAAAGAUGGACUUUCUGAGUGUGACCUCUUUGAACAAACAGAGCCUCUCCAAUUAACAGAGAAAAAGGAUGACAUCAAUGGAGAUAUUAUGAUGCUUACCAUAGAGGAGGGAUUGAACAGCUCUGAUUUAUCCUCAGUUGAGGAAGAAGAUGAUGAAAUUCAGAUGGAAAAAGAGCUGAUGGAGGAAACUGUUGCAGGCAAAAAAGUUGCUAUUCACUCAAACAGCGAAGAGUCUGAUCACCCCUCAAAUUCAUCCUCAUCUUCUCAGACUUGUGUUCUUUCAGGGUCCGAUACAACUUUGGAUGAAAUUACAAAUAACAACUACAAUAGCACCUAUAUAAUUGAAAACCAUGAACCAAUUUCUGCCAUCUUAAAUCUUGUUCUUGUUCAACAGCAACCUGAAACCCAAGACCAAAGUUCACAACAAAAUCACGACGAAGAGAGCAAUAGGGAAGACAAAGAAAAACAAGUAGUUGACAAUCUGAGUGAAUCUGAAGCAAAAGAACUCACAGUAGACAAUGUGUACGAAGAGACAGAGCCAAAAAUCCAAGCCAAGGACUUCCUCCAGAACAGGAAGUACUUUAUGAGUCGUUCUAUAUCUGUGGAAACCCCCGGUAAGAGAGCUGACCUACUGAGCCGCCUUCCAGCAGGAAAUGGGCGGCUUUUGCUACACCCACAGGCCUUCUACACAGACCAGUGUUUGUUUGGAGAUAGGAGACCUGCACUGACAGGUUCAUUAGGAUGUCUUUCACAAGGCACGUGCACAUCAAAAGUCACUCGAGUGGAUAUACCUCCCCCUUUUGAACUGGCAUCCAUCACAAAGCGACCAAUCAGAAAAAGCUCUCCGUCCAUCCCCAAUGAAAUCUCUGCUUCAUGCAAAAAACCUGAUUUUGGGUUCAAGCGAUACCUUCUUCCAUUACGGUUCCUUAGGAAGUCUGAUCGAAAGAGCAUGAUGGAUACUCGCUCCAUCUCUUCCAGGUCCUCAUCCGAAUCAAGUCCGCAAGGUACAUGUAGACGUCUGGAUUUUAUCCGACAUAACAUGGGCAGCCCAGAGUUGCAGAGGAGUCCAGAUUGCACUCCGCCGGUGUCCCCUUCUUCCUUUCCCCUUCAUAGGAGUAGACGAAAAGAGGGACUAAAUUUCUCCCUAAACACUGAUUUUUCUUGUAGCUCCAUAUCUAUAGAGCCAGGCUCCCUCUCCGAGCCUCUUCCUCUUUCCAAACCUCGAUCAUUUUCAUCUCCGAAUACAGAUUCCUCUGAAUACGAGAAUGUUCAAAAUGUUGCUUCUCACUAUGAGAAUGUGCAGAUUCGCCUCCUGAAUCCUGUCAUUCAGAGUCAGCGAAAUCAGAGUUCACCCAGUGACACUGAUGGUUACGUGGACAUGAGCAGUCUGCCGGGCUUCCAAGGCAAAAGUCAGUCAUCUGAGCAAGAGACUGAUAGUCUCUACACUUUCUGUUCUCCCAAUGUGAGGGCAGAUGGAACUGUGUGUGUGUCUGUGGGCGUGGCUUGUGGCCCAGAGAAAAAGACAAAGACAUCUGACAAACUGACCGUCAGCUGCUCUAGAGCCUUCUAUAGUGCCAAAGAGCUUCUGGAUAGCGAAGCCCAGCAUGUUAAGACUUUACAACUUCUCUGUGAGUCAGUUAAUGCUGAUGAGAGGUUGAUGACUGUGUGGACGGAGGUACCUGAUAUUUGUACUCUCCACCAAGAUAUUCACACAUUACUGGAGACCCGUCUAAAAGAAUGGGAUCAGAACGAAGGUAUUGCUGAAAUCAUCCUGGCGAAGAAGACAGAGUUUUCCAUUUUUUCUUCUUACAUCAGUCAUUAUGAUGACAAAUUGAAUUAUCUGGAACAUAUACAAAGCAUAUUAUCAGAUUCAGUGACCCUGAAAAAGCAGCUGCUGCAGGUCAUUGUGCGCAUCCUACAGUACCGUAUGCUAUUGACAGACUACCUGAAUAAUCUCUCACCGGACUCCAGAGAGUUUGAAAAUACACAAGAUGCUUUGGUCGUGGUCUCAGAUGUUGCUUAUCAUGCCAGUGACAGUCUUAAGAAUGGAGCUGAUCUCAUGCGCUUGGUCCAUAUUGAACAUAGUGUUCUCGGUCUAACAGAUCUCCUACAGCCUGGGAGAGUGUUUGUGAAAGAGGGCACACUGAUGAAAGUCAGCAGAAAGUGCAAACAGCCACGUCACCUUUUUUUGAUGAAUGACAUAAUGCUUUACACAUAUCCUCAGCAAGAUGGCAAAUACAGACUCAUCAACAGAUUACCGCUGGCAGGGAUGAAAGUCAGUAAGCCACCUAUGGAGAAUGCUCAGAGUGCAAUAAAGAUAGAAGUGAAAGAUAUAAGCAUCACUUUGUCUGCCAGCUCCUGCAUUGAACGAGACGGCUGGUUUGUCACACUGAACCGGACACUGGUGGAUCUUGGCUCUGCAUCAGGAGAUCCAGUGGACAGUUUUGAGUUGGUAGAAAGUCCAGAGAAGUGCCUUGGAGAAAAUGCGCCGCCGCUGUUGUCAGUUUCCCAGGUGACGGUUUGCAUGAACUGUCCGUCACAUUUCAGCCUCACAAACAGACGCCAUCACUGCCAUGCCUGUGGAAAGGUUGUUUGCAGAGAUUGUUGCAGGAACAAAUUUCCCCUCAAAUACAUGAAGAACAGACGCGCCAAAGUGUGUGAUCAUUGUUACACUGAACUGCGCAAGAAUGAUGUUGCCACGAUAAUAGAGAGCUCCAGUCGUCCGCUUUCCGCUGUCUUUCAAAACAUUCAUCCAUCCAGUCUGUGGAAAAGCCGCAAAGGACAGUUGACUUUCAACCAGGUGACAGGGUCUGAGGGUGUGAUGAGCGGGACCCUGCAGAGGUGCAGAAACAGCAAGAGAAGCUGGAGGAGCCUGUGGUUCCUCCUGAAAGAUAAAGUCCUCUACACAUACCCACAGCCUGAGGAAAGGGUCGCGUGUGAGACGCUUCCUCUGCUGGGUUUCUCUGUAAGGUCUGAGGCAGAAGGGGAAAGCAGUGUGUUUCAGCUCUACCAUAAAAGCACUCUCUUCUACACUUUCAGAGCCCAGGACAGUCACACUGCACAGAGAUGGGUCAAUGCCAUGGAAGAGGCUACAGUCUUCUAGCAUCAUCCAUCCUGCCUCUGUCUUCUCACUUCUGAAAUGAAAUCUUCGAUUGAUCAUUGGAGAGCGAUGCAUUUGCACGUCAUACUCGAAAACCCUUCCCAGUGUGAGUGGGAGCAUAAUCAGCCAUCCCUACACUAUCAUGACGCCACAGGCAUAUUUUUGGAAUGGCAAGGGAACAAAACGCUCACACUCAGACAUUUAUUUAGUGCCAAACGCUUCUUCCAAAGACCUCGCUGAGCCGUGGACACACUUUAAAAGGCUCACUUUAGCACUUCCAGCUGUCAUUUUUUAAAACUAAUGAGAUGUUGCUUUAACUUAACUAAAUCAUAUAUUAUCCAGAGCACUAAAAUAUAGAAGGACAGUUUCUGGAUGUGAAUUUCAGCAUGUAUUUAUAGGAUAUUUUUAUUAUAUUUCUGUUUACCACAUAUAUGGACGAAUAUUAUAAGUCAUUUUUGACUUAUUUUAGGACUGAGUUAAUGUCUUGCAACAGAGCUGGUAUCCUUGUUGCUAUUAAUGAUGAUAAUGUAAUUUUUAGUAACGUUUUAUUUACUUAUUUUGUCCAAACUGCCUUUCUGUGCACUUGCAAUGUUAUCAGUGACUACGUUUACAUGGACAUCAGUAAUCGAAUUAUUUUCCUUAACCCGAAUAAGACAAUAAUAUGAUUAAGGUGUUUACAUGAGCUUUUUGAAUGUUCCUUUCAUGAUCCUGUUAUACAAGUAUAGCACAUAAUUCGAUUAACGUCAUUGCGUCAUCCACAUUUCCUCCGGAGUUUCAUGUAAUUUCGUGUACUUCAUUUUUAAUUUGUCGACUUUAACUGCAGUUUGGCACUUUCACUUUCAUUCUGGAACAUUUCAUGCAUGCCCCCAUGACAAGCAAGAUAUUGGAUGCGAGUAUGAAUUGCUGGAAGAGUGUAUGGGAAAAAAAACCUUCGCAUUUUACGAUGCAGGUAUAUCUGUGGUCCUUCACUGACUCGGUAAUACAGACUAAUAAUGCGGCUAAAUUCGGCGUACUCGACAUUUCUGUUCCAUUUCUGUUUAGUUCAAUUAUGACUUUAGUCAGAUUAAGGUCAUCAAAAAUCGCUGUUUGCAUGGUCGACUCUUAAUCAGAGUAUUGUCUUGAUCGUAUUGAAAUCGGAUUAUUGGUGUCCAUGUAAACGUACUCACUGUCAUCUACAAAAUGAGGCCUUAAAGGGACAGCCCAAAAUGUUUCCUCAGCAGAACAUUAAGGAAUAUAUAUUUUUGAAUGUGUUCCUUGGUGAUUCAUGAGUCAUAAAAACAAAUAAAGGAAAUAAUACC